AUGAAGUCCUCGGGCAAAAAGCCCAAAGGGGCCGCCGCCGCUCCUCCUCCUCCUCCUUCAGAAUAUCCUCCCGACGGUCCUUCUCCUUCUCCUCCUUCACGCUCAGAAUGUCCUCCCGACGUGGAAGAACUCGGCCGGUCGACAUGGACGCUGCUGCACAGCAUUGCCGCCACAUAUCCCACCGCGGCGCCACCCGAGACGCAGUCCAUCAUGCAGCAGUUCCUGUCCACCUUCGCCAAACUGUAUCCGUGCUGGGUGUGCGCCGAGGACUUCCGCGGCUGGAUGCGCCAGCCGGGCAACGAGCCUAAAGUCAAAGGCCAGGAUGAACUGGGCAUGUGGAUGUGUCAGGCGCAUAAUGCCGUCAACGUCAAGCUGGGAAAGUCCGAGUUCGACUGUACGUUGUGGAAGCAGAGGUGGAAGGAUGGCUGGAAGGAUGGAAGAUGUGAUUGA